GUAUGGUGUUCAAGUAAAAGUGGGGGGACAUUUUGAUAAGACCGUAAAAACGGGAACAUUUCGCCGAGAUCAGAGUUCUGUUGGGGACAUACCGUGCAAUUUUUUGUAACGGCCCCAUUGAAAUACAGUAAGCCCAUUUCUUCCGGUCCAAUUGGGCUUUUCGGGUCAUCUCCAGUUCCUCCUUCCAUGUCCAAAUUAUUCUCGGAGGUUUAACCUAAAACCCAACUGAGCUGACUUUUGGCCCGCCGGAAGAGUGAAAAUGGAAGAGAAAGUGAAGGUUUUAGCAAUUAUAGGAGCAGGAGCUGUACUGGGUUCUGCUGCUACACUCGCUAUUUCCAAGCUUCUUUCCAAUCCACUCCCAAUAAACAACCAAAGUAUUGGAAAAGAGUAUAUAAGUGAGGCAGUAAAUUCAAAUGAGCUUCCUCGAUCCAAAUAUAACGGAAUGACUACUCCAAACCUGUUGACUGAUGAAGUAGUUUCCGAACAACUAACCAGGAAUAUGCAGUUCUUUGGUCUUGAAGCCCAACAGAAAAUCACUGCAUCAUAUGUUGUGGUAAUCGGUCUUGGAGGAGUUGGAAGUCAUGCUGCAUCCAUGCUUCUGAGGUCAGGGGUUGGACGGCUACUCCUUGUGGACUUCGACCAGGUCACAGUCUCCUCAUUAAAUAGACAUGCUGUUGCCACAAGAGAAGAUGUUGGUACCCCAAAAGCCCUAUGCCUUAAGAAGCACUUCCAAUCAAUUUUCCCGGAGUGCCAUAUAGAUGCAAAAGUUAUCUUAUAUGAUUCAUCGUCCGAAGAAGAAAUUCUGUCUGGCCACCCUGACUUCGUCCUUGAUUGUAUUGAUAAUAUCGACACAAAGGUGGCGCUUCUUGCUGCAUGUGUUCGAAGAGGUUUGAAAGUUUUAUCUGCAACAGGAGCUGGCGUAAGGGCUGAUCCAACAAGAAUUCGUGUGGCUGACUUGAGAGAGUCCACCAAUGACCCUCUUUCUCGAGCUGUAAGACAUCGUUUGAGAAAAGAUCAUGGUAUUGAUGGUGGUAUUCCUGUGGUAUUUUCUUUAGAGAAACCCAAGGCAAAACUGCUUCCCUUUAAAGGGCCGAGUGGAGACGAAGAAAAUCCUUCAGAUUAUCAAAUAGUGCCUGGAUUUAGGGUCCGCAUCAUUCCAGUUCUGGGGACUAUACCUGCAAUUUUUGGGCAAGUCAUGGCUUCCUAUGUUGCGACUCAACUAGCUGGAUUGCAAGUCCAGAUGGAGCCAGUGGUGAACUUUGAUACGGAUCACUACCGAAUCCUCCAUCAACGUCUAAUUGAGCAUGAAGAGUUGCUAUAUGGCACAUCCAUGCAAGUGGAGGUAGAUGUUGAAGAAGUUAUGUACAUUGCCAAAGAGUUGUGGCAUGGGAGAAGUGCAAGAGACCUAUCUAUUAAAGAUGUAGGGCGUGCAAUGUGGCGUUCUGUGAAUGAGUUAAUGCUUGUGAGGUGGGACCAAACAAAGCCAGCCUCUGUGUCGAAUCUAAUCCUUCUAAGAUUCAAAGAGGCUGAUGAACACGAGUCGAGGUCACUAGAAGAUAUAAAGGAAGAAGAACCAGAAUUUUUUGCUAGGGUGACAUCUGUGCUUAAGCGAGCAGAAUCGGAGUUUGGCUUCUAAGACAGGCACAGUUAUCCAGUUGUCUGCAAGAGCAGUUUUCAUCUAAAGAUUCGUUUAUGAUAUUUAUGCUCGAACAUGCAGUGUUUUAGUCGGCUCCCUUUUGGCAUCAAGUUCUGGUAUAAUCACAAUGCCCAUGAAUGUCAAUGGAGCACAAUUUGUUUCACAGGUGCAUUAGGAUGGUACAGGAAACCUGAAAAUUACAGCCAAGUGAAAUUCAAAAGCUGUCUGAAGCGAAAAUCUUCAAGGUUGUAAGUCUUGGCUUCUUUCUUGAUGGUGUUUAGAAUACUUCAAGGAGCAAAUAACUUGAAGUAGCUGAGCACUUGGACAGGGAUUUCUUUUUGUUGUUUUG